AUGGUGGUGCACAUUUUUAGGUCAGAAGCUUCAGGCAAUUGCCUCUACAGUUCUGUCUCAUUGGUUCUGGUAGGUGACAACAGUUUGGUACCUAUUUUAAGGAAACUUACUUCAAUUGAACUGUUUAUGAAUGCUAACUUUUAUUCCCAACACCCUUUAUUUUUAUCUAUUGUUGAAAAGCAUAGUGAAUUCAGUAACAGCUUGAAGAAUCUUCUGCUUCUUUCUGUGUCGCAGGAGUGUUUGGAUUCAGGUUUGACGAUUGAUGCUCUUGUGAAAAAGGAAGCUUAUUUAAACUGCCACGAUAAGAAGUGGGCAUCAUUUGUCUGUAUUUUUGGUCUUUCUUCUGUUAUAGGGAGAUGUAUUCGAACUUACUACCCAGAUUCUGCAGAGAUACGUCCUAAAUUAAUGUUUAACUCUUUAAUUCAUCCAAGCAAUCCUUCCAAAAUAUCUUCUGAUGCUCUUCAUAUUUUAUUUUGUCAUGAAGGUAUAGUUAAACCUGGUCAAAGUUUUCAGCCUAACCAUUUUGCUCCUCUAGUUUUUUAUUCCAGCUAACAUAAAAUAAAAUGUUCAAGUGCAACUACAUGUAGCUCUGUGCCAUCUAAGAAAUUAAAAGUGGUUCCUCCAUUGUGACUGUUAGCUCUGAACUUGCCACUAUACCUGACAGAAUUUGCUCUCUUUGGUGUUUUGCCAGUGAUAGUAAAUUAAGGAACAUUAGUUGUCCACCGAACCACCGCUAUGUCUAUGGCCUAACCUUUCAAGUCAACCGUAGAACUUCACAUGCGUUAAUUUGUAUUCUCCUUUCUGGGGAUAUCUCCUUAAACCCGGGUCCUAAUAGUCAACAUCAACAACCACAGAUGCAAAGUUUAAAAGGUUAUCCUGCAACAUGCCUUGUUAUUAAUGCCCGUAGUCUAAAAAGUUUGCACAUAACAGAUGACAAACAAGUAUGUAAUCUAUCUCGUUUCCAAGAGCUUGUUUAUUCCGAGUCAGCCGAUCUGGUGUGGGUCACAGAAACGUGGCUUACUAAAGACAUUCAUAAUGCUGAAAUUCUGCCAACUGGUUAUUCAAUCUAUAGGAAAGACCGUAAAACACGCAACGGUGGCGGUGUUCUACUAGCAAUUAAAGGUGUUCUACUAGCAAUUAAUUCAUUUAAUUCAUCUCGAGAACUAGUUAAUCCAUCUGAUCUCGAAGUGACCUCCGUAGAAAUAAUCACCCACUCAAAACUAAAACUGUUGAUCUGCUGUUGCUAUAGACCACCUAAUGCUGAAAAGAUCUGGUUAGAUAAAUUUAACUCGAUUCUGGCUGAUCUGUUGUCUCGUCAUGAUAACAUUAUAAUUUGUGGUGAUUUCAACUUCCCUAAAGUAAACUGGCAAUCUCCUGCUAAAACGUUUGGUGCUGACGAAAUCUCAUUCACAGAGCAACUGAACAAUUUCUACUUAAUCCAACUUAACACUCUAGCUACAAGAGGUGUCAAUAUACUUGAUUUAGUUAUCUCCAGUGUACCGAACCAGAUAAAUAACAUCAUUUUGCUCAAUCCAGAAAAUAGCAGCUUGUUUACUGAUCACUCAGUUAUUAUUUUUGAUCUAAAGACAUCUAUUAGAGCGGGUCCUAGGCUAAACCGAUCAGUUUUGGAUUUCCGGAGGGGUGACUUCGAAGGCCUUCAUUCUGCUUUACAAGUGACAGAUCUCUCCACUAUAAUACAACAAGAUUCUGACAUAAAUGAAGAUUGGCUGCUGUGGAAAGACACUUUUCUCACAACAGUUAACGAUUUUGUCCCUUCUCAAAAGAUCAAGGGAAGAAACUCCCUUUCUUGGUUAAAUGGCAAAGUCAGUCAUCCAUGCCUUUACGGCAAAAGGAGCUGUGCGACGAAAGCUUAAAACAUCUCCGACUGUUUCCUUAAAGACCAAGUUCAGAGAAUUACGAGCUAUUUCUCAUCUGUUUUCACGAACAGUGAUUCUGAUGCAUCUUUGCCUUCUUCCCAACCACCAGCUACAGAUUCACUAUUAUCAGACAUCCAAUUUACAUUACAGAUUCACUAUUAUCAGACAUCCAACUCUUCUAGCGCUCGAUACCAGCAAAGCGACUGGACCUGAUAACAUCUCGCCUAAACUCUUGAAAGAAACUGCCCACCAGAUUGCACCUUCACUAAGCUAUUUAAUAAAUCUGUUAGUUAUGGAGUUGUACCUGAUGAUUGGAAGCUAGCAAACAUUGUACCUGUAUACAAGAAAGCAGAAAAAGAUCCAGUUGAAAACUACCACCCCAUUUCUCUCCUCUAUAAUUUCGAAAGUUCUCGAGCACUGUAUUCUUCGUAACAUCCGAGAUCACUUGGUAGUCUUGAUCAACAACUCCCAACAUGGUUUUAUUCCAGGAAAAUCUUGUACUUCCCAGCUGGUGGAAGUGCACGACUAUAUAGGAUCUUUACUGGUUGCUGGGAAACAAACUGACGUGAUCUACAUGGAUAUGUCCAAAGCCUUUGAUAAAGUUAACCACCAAAUUCUUAUUCAUAAACUUUACAACUGCUUUGGCAUCUCUGGUAGUUUACUCGGUUGGUUGUCCUCCUAGUUGUUGAACAGAAGGCAACGCGUGACUGUUCUAGGGGCUACAUCAUCUGAAAAACCUGUUAUGUCUGGUGUCCCUCAAGGUUCUAUCCUGGGUCCAAUACUCUUUCUCCUUUAUGUUAACGACCUACCAGAUGUGGUGAAUAAUGCAAAAGUAGCUUCCUUUGCUGACGACACAAAAUUAUUCAAGUGUGUCGAUUCUCACACAGACGGUGCCUCGAUUCAAAGUGAUCUUGAUAAUCUUGAGUGGUCGACUUCUUCUGGACUUGUAUUUAAUCAAAAUAAAUGCAAGUGUCAGAGAAUUACCAGGAAAAAGACUACCACCGAAUUCCCCUACACCCUCAAAAACAAAACCCUUGCAGUAACAACAGAGGAGAAGGAUCUUGGCAUUUGGGUUACUAGAAUCUGA